UACCCAUCUCAACCUCACUUCCUCUACUUCUUUUGGCUAGCUCACUUCCAGUAUUUUGCUUAAUUCCUUAUAAACAUGGGUUUUGCACUUAGCCACUAUUGCUGCUUUCUAUGUUUCAUUGUGCUCUUGCCUUUACUAUGCAAGUGUGAAGACACCUUCACAUACUCACGGGCAACAUAUUAUGGCAGCCCUGAUUGCUUAGGGACUCCAACUGGAGCAUGUGGCUUUGGCGAAUAUGGAAGAAGGGUUAACGGCGGCAACGUUGGCGCAGUUUCUAGGCUAUACAGGAAUGGGACUGGCUGCGGUGCAUGCUAUCAGGUCAGGUGCAAGGUACCAAACCUUUGUGCAGAUAAUGGGAUGAAGGUAGUGGUGACCGACCACGGAGAAGGAGAUUACACUGACUUCAUCCUCAGCCCGCGCGGAUUCUCAAUGUUGGCUCGUCCAAACAUGGCUGCGGACCUCUUUGCUUAUGGGGUGGUCGGCAUAGAAUACAGAAGGGUCCCAUGUCAGUACCCGGGUUCCAACAUCUUCUUCAAGGUCCAUGAGCACAGUCGGUUUCCCGACUACUUAGCCAUAGUCAUGUUGUACCAAGCUGGCCUAAGCGACAUCACAGCAGUGGCCAUAUGGCAGGAGGAUUGCCAGGAAUGGAAGGGCAUGAGGAAGAGCUAUGGCGCAGUGUGGGACAUGGCUAACCCACCGAAGGGUCCUGUAAGCCUGAGGUUCCAAGUGAGUGGGAGAGGUGGGCAAAAGUGGGUGCAGCUGAUGAAUGUGAUUCCUAAUGAUUGGAAGGCUGGGGUUGCAUAUGACUCAGACUUUCAGCUUGAUGAUUAAGCUCUUCCAUUGUGGUUCCAACUUCUGCAUAAUCAGAGAGUAUCAUAGGAAGUGGUAGCUAGAUGGGUUAUUAAAUAUUUCUAGUUAUUUGUUUGUGGAGUGAUUAAAUAUAUGUUUGUAUGUGGUGUUACAACAAAGCACUCUUGGCUUUGCUCAAUAAAGAAUGGGAUUGUGUACCAAGUUUAGUGAUAUAUAUUAUCAAUAAAGUUCCACUUUUUCAGA